CUGCACUCCGCUGUACUGUAAUUUUCCACCUGGGAAAUGCACGACUCCUGUAACCACAGCUUGCAGCUAUCAACGGGAAAUGUGAACGCAACAAAAAAUCAUGUGCGAACGAACAAAUAAAAAUGGAUGUUUGACAGAGUUCAAUGCUUCCCCAACUGUCACAAACAGCUGUCUCUUAAUUUUUUUUAAAUCGAAGUUACACAAAUGUAAACAAAGUUAUUUGUUUUGUUACUAGUAUCAUGAAUCAUGAGUACAGUUAAUAUAAAUAGAGAAAUUUUACUUUAAUUACUUCUUAUUUUUUGAAGCACUUUUAAGUGAAAACUAUUGGCCUGCUAGGAAUUAUUUUUAGUUAUGUUAACCAAUUAAAACGAAUUCACUUUCGGUCCUAUUGGCUGUAAUCAGUGUUACAAUAAUUUCUUCAGAACGCAUUAUCAACGUAAAUCGAAAAAUGAUUGAACGCAAAUUUUCUAAACGAAUAGCUGAAAUCUAUGAGAAAGAAAGAGAGAGAGACUGAGAAGAAAAUAGAACCACUUUAGUUACUUGUCAAAAUCAGCUGCCAAAAACAGACGUUGAUCGUGCGUUGUUUUCGCUCACCGUCUUCAUGACGAGCCGUGAUGAACACGCAACUAGUGGAUGAGACUUUGACCCUAACCACCGGAGCAGCUUUAAUUGAAGUUAACUAACCACGGAACGGUACCCAUUCGCCAGUACCAAUGCAGCGUAACGUGCAAACAAUAAGGCGCAUCAACGUGCUGAGGCGUAUUCUGGCCCACCAGCAACCAACGUUGGCCGAAAGUACCGGGCUGUCAUGGAACCGCAACUACACAUCCAGCACCACCGGUGGCACCAUCCAGAUAGACGACGUGGAGAAAGAAAUCGACGUACCACUUCGUCCGGAACUGGUCCCCAAUGGGUACGUCAGCGUUAGUGAAACCGGUGAGGCAGCGCUGUCCCAAACACGGUUGCACCAUUUACGUUGGAUGCUGCAGAAGGAUAAGCUCGGCCAGGACAUACUGUUGCUUGGCCGGCCUGGUGGUUUGAGGCGGCGUAUUGUAAUGCAGUAUUCGGAGCUAACGCGCCGUGAGGUCGAGUACAUAUUGCUCAACCGUGACACAACCGAGAGCGAUCUAAAGCAGCGCCGCGAAAUUCUGGAUGGAACAGCAUCCUACCACAAUCAGAGCGCGGUCCGUGCGGCUAUCGAGGGUCGUAUACUGCUGAUCGAAGGUGUGGAAAAAACGGAACGAAACGUAUUGCCAAUUUUGAACAAUCUGCUAGAAAACCGGGAAAUGCAUCUGGAGGAUGGACGGUUUUUGAUAGCGGCCAAAAACUAUGACGCCUUGCUGGAGCGUUUCAGCCGCGAUCAGCUUGACAGCUGGGGUUUGGUGCGUGUGUCGGAGAAGUUUCGCGUCAUUGCGUUGGGACUUCCGGUGCCUCGGUAUCGGGGUUCACCGCUCGAUCCACCGCUCCGGUCUCGGUUUCAGGCACGUGACAUUGCCGAACUACCGUACGUGGAGGUGCUAACGGAAGCAAAGGAACUUGCCGGUCCGCUUGACCGUCCCGAUGUGCUGACCAAACUGGUAUCAUUCGCGUUCGGCAUACAGUCCGCUUCGGCACUGCUGCCCGAUUUUCCUAUCGAUAAUCUACGGUACGCUGGACUGCUGUUACGUCACAACGGUACACUAACGGAACAGGAUUUGCUGCGCCGGUUCUACCCGUACCCUGUAUUUCUCGAAAAGGAAGGAAGCUCGUAUGUGACUGGGUUAAUGGAAUCGCUUGGAUUUGUGGACGAGAGCAAUGCAUCAAGUCCGUUCGAAAUUGAUAAAGUUGUCAAACAGGACGAUGGACAGCUCGCCGUACGAUUGCGCUCGUCUAAUAUGGUGGCCGAGUUUCGGCUACCCCAAGGCAACCCUAGCCCGCUCGCAGAUAUGCGUCAACCGUUCAUACCUACCUCCUAUCAGAAUGGUUUGCUGGCAGAACUGCUGCAAACCAUUGCCGUCGGUGAUGUGUGUCUGGUCGGGCCGAAAGGAUGCGGCAAAUCGAUUCUGGCCGAACAGUUGUGCCGCUUGCUGAACAAUCAGCACAUGGAAGCGAUGGUGCUGUACCAGGAUAUGACUGCACGGGAUUUGCUGCAGAAGCGUACAACGCGUCUGAACGGUGACACGGUUUGGCAGGAUUCGCCCCUACUGUUGGCCGCCCUUGCCGGGCACGCAAUCGUACUGGACGGUAUCCAUCGGUUGCAUCACAGUACGCUUGGCAUUCUGCAUCGGCUCGUACACGACCGCGAGCUGCAGCUGUACGAUGGUAGGCGACUUCUUUCGCACGAGCGUUACGAACGGCUGCAAGCAGCACAGCCAGAUCUGGACCUAACCGCACGGGGCAUUUUACGCAUUCAUCCGGGCUUCCGUAUAAUCGCGCUAGCAGAACCAGCCCAAGGUUUCGGUGCAGGCGGUACGGGCGGUACCGUCGUACCAGCCCGGUCCGGUCCAUCCAGCGCUUGGAUUAGCGCGGAAACGCUUAGUCUGUUUCUGUUCCACGAGGUGCGUGGAUUAAGCGAACGCGAGGAACGUCACGUGCUGGACACACUGUACGGUCCGAUCAGCGAUACGAUGGAGCAGAUACUGCGCGUUGCCCACCAUCUGCGGACGUCAUCCGACCCGGUACAGCAGACGCUUGCCGGCAAUCUUUCCACCCGGCAGCUGUUGCGUAUUGCGCGCCGUUUGCACCAGUACGGGGAGGAUCGCAAUCCGGCCGACAUACUGCAUGCAACGUUUUUAAGCAAGUUUAUGCCGAGCUUGCCGCGCAACGUGCUAGAUGCCGCGAUGCGACGCUAUCUGCCAAACUACGCGGGCUUGUCUGGGGGUGGUGAGAUAGACGACACGACGAACCCGAUCAGGGUGGAGCAAACGGACGAGCUGGUGCGUAUCGGACGCACCAGUGUGCCACGGUAUCGUACGGAAGCGAUCACCAAGAUACCGGACAUUGUGUUUUACGAUGUGCCACAGCAUUUGCGGCUGAUGGAGCGCCUGUUGCAGGACUUUCUGCUCGGCGAGCAUCUGCUGCUCGUUGGUAAUCAGGGCGUUGGCAAGAACAAGAUCGUUGACCGGUUGCUACAGCUGAUGGGUCGUCCUCGCGAGUACAUACAGCUGCAUCGCGAUACAACCGUACAGUCGCUAACGCUGCAAGCCACAGUGCGGGAUGGACGGAUCGAGUACGAAGAUUCACCGCUGGUGAAGGCGGUCCGUCACGGACACGUGCUGGUGGUGGACGAAGCGGACAAGGCACCGGUGCACGUGACCUGCAUCCUGAAGACGCUUGUCGAGAAUGGUGAGAUGCUGCUUUCAGAUGGGCGAAAAAUUUGUCCACCCAAUACAUCCACCACCAACGUGGGAGACGGUUUCCUGCCGACCCAUCCCGACUUCCGUCUAAUUGUGCUCGCCAACCGGCCCGGAUUCCCAUUCCUCGGUAAUGAUUUCUUUGCCGCGCUGGGUGAUUUAUUUGCUUGCCAUGCGGUCGACAAUCCGCUGCCGGAGUCGGAAAUGUUUCUGCUGCAGCAGUACGGUCCAUCCGUCCCGGUCGCCACGAUCCGCCGGCUGGUGGAUGCAUUCGCUGAGCUGCGUGAGAUGGCGGAUGCAGGCACGCUGCACUAUCCCUACUCGACGCGCGAGGUCGUUGCGAUCGUACGCCAUCUGGAGCGGUUCCCGUCCGAUGCGCUGGCGGAGGUGAUUGGUAACGUACUAGAUUACGAUCGAUACGCACCGGAAACGCUCGAUCAGGUGACGGCGGUACUGUUGCGCCACGGGUUACCGAUCGGUGAGUAUGCGGAGGGUUGCGAAGCGUUGACAGCGAUGCGUUGCGAACGUCAGCUACAGCUAACGGUGCGCAGCCACAGCGGGAAGGAUGUGUCCGCUCCGAAACAUGGUAAGGUCGACCCAAACAAUGAUCCGCACGUCGGUGGAAAUACGUGGGCGGGUGGUACUGGUGGGCGGGAUACGGCCGGGCUGGGUGGUAAGGGUGGUCCGUACCGGUUGGAUGCCGGCCACAAGGUGCAUCAGCUAUCCGACGCGGAAAAGGACGACAUACCGGAGGCGGUAAAGCAGGCGGCCCGUGAAAUGAACCGAAAAGCGUUCGAGGCAAAGCUGCGUGAGAUACAGAUGAGCCCGUACGAGCAUCGGGUGUACGAACAGUACGCAGAACCGGUGCGGCGGCAGGUGCAGCAGCUGCGUAUUACGCUGCAAGCGCUGCAAGCACGUGCCCGCGAACGCCAGUGGCAACGGCACCGCAGCGUGGGCGAACUGGACGAUACGAAGCUGGUCGAGGGGUUGACGGGUGAGCGGGCGAUUUACAAGCAGCGGGCGGAACAGGAUCCGGAACCCGGCCAGCCGCAGGAAAAACCGAAACGUCUGAAGCUGGUCGUCGACGUGUCCGGCUCGAUGUACCGGUUUAAUGGGUACGAUGGGCGGCUGGACCGGGAGCUGGAAGCGACCGUGAUGGUGAUGGAAGCGUUCGAUGGAUUCGAGGGCAAGAUACGGUACGACAUAGUCGGGCACAGCGGCGAAGCGGUUGCCGUCCCGUUCGUCAACGAAAACAACCCACCGAAGGAUGCAAAACGGCGCCUGGAAACGAUCAAGAUGAUGCAUGCACACUCGCAGUUCUGCUGGAGCGGUGAUCAUACGCUGGCCGCGACCGAGCAGGCGGUGGACGAGCUGGCCAAAGAGGACUGCGAUGAAGCGAUCGUGAUCGUGCUCAGUGAUGCAAAUCUUGCCCGGUACGGUAUAACGCCCCGGAAGCUAAAUAAUGCACUCGCGCGCCAGUCGCCCCGUGUACAGGCGUACGUCAUCUUCAUCGGUAGCUUGGACGAUGAGGCGAAGGUGGUGGCGGACAAUAUGACUGCGGGCAAAGCGUUCGUCUGCAUGGAUCUGGACCAGCUGCCGAAUAUAAUGCGCCAAAUCUUUGCCGCCUCAUUGCUGCAGUAAUGCCCAUCUGGACGUUUUAUAUUUUACCCGACAACAAAAAAUGGGACUUCCCCAACGGUACGGUUCAUGUAGAUAGUGGGUGUAUAGAGAUAGUUAGCGCAAAAAGGGUAUACCAGCAAAUGUAUAUACUUUCAACAUUGUACCUUAUCAGCUUUAUUUGCUUAAUGAUGAGCAAAAUAGACGAUCGUCUUGAUGUUUCCCAUGUACGCAAACCAUAGAAAUGUUAUAUUUUAUUGCUAUUGCCUGUACACUGUUGCGUUUGAUGUGGUAAUAUACAUUUAGCUAACAGAGA